AUGCCAACUGCUGUUUCGGGUUCUACCAGCGUCACGGCAGUCGGAGGUAAAGGUGCCGUUUUGAAAAAGGGCUCUAAGAAAACUGCUAUGAAAAUGAGCAAGAAAGGCGGUAGGAAACGCAGGAGGAGCAGGAAGGAGAGCUACAGCAUCUAUAUCUACAAAGUACUGAAGCAGGUUCACCCAGACACCGGUAUCUCUUCCAAGGCCAUGAGUGUCAUCCACUCAUUUGUCAGCGACAUCUUCGAGCGUAUUGCGUCCGAGGCUUCCCGUCUGGCGCAUUACACCCGUCGCCAGACCAUCUCCUCCCGAGAGGUCCAGAGCGCCGUCCGUCUUCUGCUUCCUGGGGAACUGGCCAAACACGCCGUCUCUGAAGGCACGAAAGCCGUCACCAAAUAUACCAGCUCCAACAAGGCCAUGAGUGUCAUCCACUCAUUUGUCAGCGACAUCUUUGAGCGUAUUGCGUCCGAGGCUUCCCGUCUGGUGCAUUACACCCGUCGCCAGACCAUCUCCUCCCGAGAGGUCCAGAGCGCCGUCCGUCUUCUGCUUCCUGGGGAACUGGCUAAACACGCCGUCUCUGAAGGCACGAAAGCCGUCACCAAAUAUACCAGCUCCAAGUAG